CCCCGGCCGCCACCGGGCUCGGGACGCCAUGGCUGCGUCGCCGCCGGCCGCCGCGGACGCCACCCCCUCGCCCCCGCCGCCCGCCGCGGCUCACGACUCUCCGGGCGGGCCGGCGGAGCGGAGCGAGGCCGCCGCGCGCGAGUGCGAGGACCGUGGCAACACAGGGUCCUUGGACAGACUCCUGCCGCCCGUUGGCACCGGGCGCUCGCCCAGGAAGCGUACCACCAGCCAGUGCAAGUCUGAGCCACCCCUGCUGCGCACCAGCAAACGUACCAUCUACACGGCUGGACGGCCGCCCUGGUACAAUGAGCACGGCACACAGUCCAAGGAGGCCUUUGCCAUCGGCCUGGGCGGGGGCAGUGCCUCUGGGAAGACCACCGUGGCCCGGAUGAUCAUCGAGGCCUUGGACGUGCCCUGGGUGGUUCUGCUGUCCAUGGACUCCUUCUACAAGGUCCUGACACAGCAGCAGCAGGAGCAGGCUGCUCGCAACAACUUCAACUUUGAUCACCCUGAUGCCUUCGACUUCAACCUCAUCAUCUCCACCCUCAAGAAGCUGAAGCAGGGCAGAAGUGUGCAAGUGCCCAUCUAUGACUUUACCACUCACAGCCGGAAAAAGGACUGGAAAACGCUGUACGGUGCAAAUGUCAUCAUAUUUGAGGGUAUCAUGGCCUUUGCUGACAAGACGCUGUUGGAGCUCCUGGACAUGAAGAUCUUUGUGGACACAGACUCUGACGUCCGCCUGGUGCGGCGCCUGCGCCGGGACAUCAGCGAGCGAGGCCGUGACAUCGAAGGUGUCAUCAAGCAGUACAACAAGUUUGUCAAGCCCGCCUUUGACCAGUAUAUCCAGCCCACCAUGCGUCUGGCAGACAUUGUGGUGCCCAGAGGGAGUGGGAACACAGUGGCCAUCGACUUGAUUGUGCAGCAUGUGCACAGCCAGCUGGAGGAGCGUGAACUCAGCGUCAGGGCUGCGCUGGCUUCCGCACAUCAGUGCCACCCGCUUCCCCAGACACUGAGUGUCCUCAAGAGCACACCCCAGGUGCGCGGCAUGCACACCAUCAUCAGGGACAAGGAGACCAGCCGGGAUGAAUUCAUCUUCUAUUCCAAGAGACUGAUGAGGCUGCUUAUCGAGCACGCACUCUCCUUCCUGCCCUUCCAGGACUGUGUGGUGCAGACCCCGCAGGGGCAGGACUAUGCGGGCAAGUGCUAUGCAGGGAAGCAGAUCACCGGGGUGUCUAUCCUGCGCGCUGGGGAGACAAUGGAGCCUGCGCUGCGUGCUGUGUGUAAAGAUGUGCGCAUCGGCACCAUCCUCAUCCAGACCAACCAGCUCACAGGGGAGCCCGAGCUCCACUACCUGAGGCUGCCCAAGGACAUCAGUGAGGACCAUGUGAUCCUGAUGGACUGCACCGUGUCCACAGGUGCUGCGGCCAUGAUGGCUGUGCGUGUGCUCCUGGACCAUGAUGUGCCUGAGGACAAGAUCUUCCUGCUGUCCCUGCUCAUGGCGGAAAUGGGUGUGCACUCGGUGGCCUACGCCUUCCCCCGGGUGAGGAUCAUCACAACCGCGGUGGACAAGCGGGUCAAUGACCUUUUUCGAAUCAUCCCAGGCAUCGGGAACUUCGGCGAUCGCUACUUUGGGACAGAUGCGGUCCCUGAGGGCAGUGACGAGGAGGAGGCAGCCUGCACUGGUUAGCACCCAGGCUGGCCUCGGCCGCCUCCUGUCCUGUGGAUGGUUAAGAAGAUGCUACCAAUAAAGCUUGAUUUACACAUU